CAAUGUUAAAACGUUCGUUGCUCUUCUGCUCUGUGGCCUGGAUAAUGCUCUGUCUGCCUGAUGAUUGUGCCGGCAAGCGCAACUGGGACUAUCAACCGCUGUCCACAGAAAGCACAUCAUCGAAUGAGGAUUUGGCAAAAAUUGAGACCAAAGUUGAACGAGUCGGACGCGACGAAUAUGCAUUUUCUGGUACAUUGGUCAUUAAUUAUGAUAUGGAUGAGACUACUAUGGUGGAAGCGUGGGGCUAUCGCAGCUCGUCGGGCAGCGAGGACGACUACAAGCUAUUGCCCUGGGCCAUACAGAAGCAAACAUUUGAAAAGUUUGCCAAUGAUUAUUAUGAGAAGUUGUUCUUUAACAAUUUGCACCACUGUUCCAAUAUACCGGAGACAAAGGACGUAUAUCCCUGGCCCAGAGGCACCUACACCUUCGACAAGUGCGUCGUUGUUGGCGAUGGAAUGCCCGAAAUAGCGCCCGAAGGCUACUACAAGGUAUUCUUUGAAGUUACCGGGGAAUGCCGUAUACUUUUCUCGGCCAUACUACAGGUGACGACCAAAACUGCAGUGCUUGGUUGAAAGGCCAUGUAAACAAUGUAUGAAAGUCUAUUAAAUAUGAAUAUAAUUAAAGAUCAAGCA